AUGGACAAAAUCGAUGAUCAGGAAUAUGAUUGUAUCAUCAUUGGAGGAGGAUUCUCUGGAUUGAUUUCAGCAAUUGAAUUACAAAAAAGAUCAGAAUCGAAUCUAAACAUCUUGAUCUUAGAAUCACAAUCACGUUUAGGUGGUAGAUCUUUGACUGAUUUAAAUCGAUUCCCUUUACCUAUCGAUUUAGGUUGUAGUUUGAUUCAUGGUUAUCAUGAAGGUAAUCCCAUGAGUCAAAUCGCUAAAGAGUUCAAUGUUGAAGUGGUGGUUACACCAGAUCAAGACACUUUGGUAUUGGGUCAUGACGGUUUAUUAGAUUUGAACGAAAGUAAAUCAAUCUUAGAAUCAUUAGACAAAUGCAUAAACGAAGUCAAACAAAACUUAAAAGAAUCAAUACCACCCGAAACAGAAUCGUUAGAAGAUUCGCUUCGAAAUCAUAUAACCACACAUUAUUCCAACCAAUCCAAUUUAUUAUCAAAAUUGAUUCAAACCAUUGAAGUAGGAGCUGGUAUACCAUUAAAUCAAAUCUCGAGUAAACAUUUUGGAUUUCAUAGAUCAUUUUCUGGUAGUGACGGUUUACCAACUGGAGGUUAUCAAGAAAUUGUAAACCAAAUCGAAAAGAAAAUUAAUCAAUUAGGACUUCAACUUAAAAUGAAUUCAGAAGUGACGAAGUUAGUUUAUGAUAAAGAAAAUUCUAAAGUCAAAUUAGAAGUCUGCAACAAAUCAGAUUCGAGCUCAACAACUCAAUCUUAUCAAAGUAAAUAUUGUAUUUCUACUAUACCAUUAGGAGUUUUAAAAACAAAUCCACCUAAAUUCGAACCACCAUUAGAAUUAUUAACAAGAUUAUCCAUAGAGAAUACUUCAGUAGGUUUGUUGAACAAAAUCGUACUAAAUUAUGAAUACGCUUGGUGGCCAAAUUCAAAAACGAUUGGAAGAUAUAUCUUGACAUCAAAUCGAAAUACUAAAUUAACUGAAAAAACAAAUUCAUUAACCGAUAUUUUAGCAAUGACAACGUUUUGGGUAGAUAACUUAGCGGUCGAGAACUGUAAUCAAUCUUAUCCAAUUUUAAUAAUUCCAAUUGGAGCUCUAGCAGCUAAAGAAAUCGAGAAAUUUUCUGACGAAGAUAUUAUCCAAACUUUACACAAAUAUUUGACCCAACGAUUUCAAAUACCAGACCAAAUGCUCAAUUUACCAAAAUCAUCUACCAUCACACGGUGGGAAUCAAAUCUUUAUUCACGCGGUGCAACUUCUUCACCCAUAAGAAUUAAAGAUGACAAGAUUAGUAGUACAAGUCCAUUAGAUUUGAUUUUACUUAGUAGAUCUAAUUGGGAUGGACAUUUGGGUUUUGCAGGUGAACAUACCGAAGUGGAUCAUCGUGGUUCUGUUGCAGGUGCGAUCUUAAGUGGUAAAAGAGAAGCAAAAAGGGUGAUUCAAUUACUUGAUUUGACUGCAAAACACUGA